AUGCAUGUUUCGAAGCAGAAAGGGCAGACUCUGAUUAUAGGUACCAAUGCACUCCCGUACGCUCUGGUCUACCAAGGGGAGAAAAGCGAAACAAAAACCCCCGUAGCCUUGGGUAGUGGAGCAGAUGGCAAUGACUUUGGAAAAGCGUUGUCAGGGAUAGACAGAAUUUGCUAUAAGUUCUGUGGACCAGGAGAGCAAAGCUGUGCCCCAGGUGAGUUCAAGUGGGUUUCCAUUAAGGGCGCUGCGCGACCUGGUGAAACACAUUUUCAUUCGCGGUUUGCGGGCAUGAGGUCCGUUAUAUGCUGCAUGAAUGACAGCGGUGUGCAAUUAUGCGCAGGAGCCACUAGUGUUGAGAGUAGGCCAGAGGUAGGCCAUUAUGAAAAAGAUGACGUAGAAUACAUCCUAGUGAAGAGCGAGGAGGCAGCGACGGUAUUGGGCAGGCCGACAUUGCAAGAGUCAGAACGGAAGCGGUUACUGAGCAACUCCUAA